UUACAGCCUUGGAUAGCUGACAUUUCUUCCUCUCUUCCACGGCAGUCAGACGUGCUUUCAUCUGAAAAGAAUUGUUUCCGCUGUGAAGUUUUGUCCUGAGGGGAGAGAGCGAGCAUAUUGGUAGAAGGAUGGUGAGGAUGGCGCUGCCAGGCGAGAGAGCGAGAGGAAGACCAACGAGAAGGUCGACAGAUGUCGUCACGGAAGACACGAGGACCGCAAAGAUGGAGCGCGUCCAGCACAUCACCAAGUCGGCCAUCCGCCGCGCCUCCCAAAUCGAGGUGACUCCGCAGGCCAAGCGGAACCUGCAGGAGCUCUUCGUCAACUUCACCCUCAUCCUCAUCUGCCUGCUUCUCAUCUACAUCAUCGUCCUGCUGAGCAGCUGAGGGCGCCCGCUCAGCCGUCACUGACCCACGCCACGCCUGACCGCACGUCUUCCUACGGCUGCUCCUCGACUCGCUGUAAUUGAUGUCAACGCCUGCCCGCAGUAUAGAGAUGGACGUUUUGCACAUUUACUGUUUCAAAAAUAAAAUUCGAAUAAUAAUGUGUGUGAAACUCACAGCUACUCGGCAGGACUUCCACAGGCCGGUUGACGUCGCACUUCCAUCUGGAGAGCGAUAACUGAAAUUAUCGCUUGCCGUUCACUCGUCAGUUAACGCCCAACAAGAAGGGCUAUCGUCGAGAACACGUUUUGCUGCCAAAUUAAAAACGACUCAUCGCUUUGGGUCGUUCUGGCCGCGGUGAGAUUUCAGUUGAGUCGUUGUCACUGAGCGACGCUUCAUAAAUCCACGAAAGCUCAAUUGGGAAGAAACAACAAACAAGACACAAUUUCGCAACAUUUCCAAUCAAGGCUGACCUGCAUGGAAUCUCUGCUUCGUCAAAUUAUUGAAGAGGGUUUCUUUUUGUUAAAAAAAAACAAAAAAACACGUGGGAUAAUACAAACAUGAAGGUCUGUAAUUAGCAUAAUCUUGCAUGCAUAUUCUCAACAGUAUUUCUGCCUGACAAAUCAAUUUUCACCUAAAAUGAUCAUCUUCACUUGCAGCCGUUUUCAGCUCUUGCGGGCCUUUCGCACAUCUUUCCGGAUAUGCGGCGACUGGCUCGUCAUUUUCGAGUCACAAUAUAUCACAAGCGAGGCGAUUUCAGAAAUGUCCAGGACCGGACGUUGCGAUGCUGUCGAUGUUCUCUUAAAUGUUUCGACUGUCCAGAUAUAAGCCACCAAAUAAAGCACAUGUACACAAUUG